AAAACACCAGCUUGGAUUAUUAUUGUUGUUGUUUUUUUCGAUUUGGGAAUCCUCGCUUUUGCUUUGUUUGUUGUAUUAAUUAUUCUUAAACUUGUUAGUAAUAUAAGGAAGGUCGAUAUCAAUACAUUCAGAACACAACAAAUAUGUUAUCACUAUUACUUGACUGGAUCAACAUCAGCAGAACCUUCUAAAGAAGAAAAGUAUAAUAUUGAUCCGAUUAAUCUGGAUUUUGGAAAUGAAACAAAACCAACGGAUGUUGGAGACACAAGAUUUGAAAAAAUCGAAGUCACGAAUUACAGUCGAAACAAAUAUUUAAUGAUCAUAUUCCACACCCCUAACAACCCAAAAUUCAUAUUCCAUUUCGACCCACAAGUCCUCUUCGUUCGGCCAAAUGGGAAGAAAAUUAUAACAUGUUACUGCACACUCUUUUGCACGACAAAAGUGCGUAACAUGAAAAUCCCGUUUACGAUGUGGCAAUCAACAAAUAAAAAAGUGUUAAAUGACAUUGCCGAAUUACUAAAAGACAAAACAUUCGAGACAUUCACUCAACAAGACCAGACCGAAAUGAAUAAACUCAAAAAGAAUGUCUCUCGCCACAAACAUUAUUAUUUCACUAUAAGAACUGAUGCCUCAAGUUCGACCCAGAUAGAUAUGGAUGAGUUAAAUAUAUACGAGACUCCGAUAGCUGAGGGAGCGAUGGGGAAAGUGUUUAUAGGCAACUACAGAAGUGUCCCCGUUGCCAUCAAGCAGUUCAAGUGGGAGAAUUUGUCAGACGAUGAGAUGAAAGAAUUGAAGAAUUCUGUGAUAGCGGAGUGUGAGAUGAUGAGUAAACUACGCAAUCCGUUCAUAGCCAAUUACAUGGGGUCAGUGACUUAUCUCCCACAAGUCUCAAUGGUCAUUCAAUUCUUUGUGUUGGGCGCAUUGGGGGAGUACUUACGUGAUACCAAAGAGGACUUUCUACGUCUUCCAUACAAACUGAAAGUGCGGAUGUUGUUUGAUACGGCACGUGGCAUGGAGUUUCUUCACGAGAACAAGAUCAUGCACUUGGACUUAAAACCAGACAAUUUGUUGGUCAACUCACUUGACUUCAACAGUGCCUGUACUAUCAAAAUCACCGAUUUUGGGACAUCGCGAUUCACGAAGAAGUCAAUUAAUAACAGCGACGACAAAGGACUCGGAACACCAAUAUACGCAGCACCUGAGACUUUUCAAGAUGUCUACACUAACGCGGGUGAUGUCUACUCAUUCGCUAUAACUGCGUGGGAACUCUUUUACCAAGAAGAACCUUAUAUGCACUUCAAGUCAAUUUUUGAGAUCAAGGAUUAUGUCAUAUCGGGAAGAAGACUUACAAUUGACGAGAAAAUGCCAAAGACACUUAAAAAGUUGAUUGAAAUGUGUUGGAUAAGUGUACCUGAUAAUCGACCAACAUUCGACGCGAUUACUAAGUACUUGGUCGACGUCGAUAAAGAAAUACCAGAAACGGGAAUAGAUAAUCAGCUGGCUUGUUCAAGUGACCAAAUUGAUGUUAUAAUUAACAAAAGGACACAGAGAAUGAAAGCAUUUUUAGAACAGUAA